AUGUUUCACAGGGGCCACUUGUUGACAGGCGCGCCUGUCCAACGUCCCGAACCCCCUAGUGGGCAACAGUCUCCAGCACGCCUACCAAGAGGCGUAACGAACCACACACCCGCAGACAACGCCCACCUGACCACCGGCGUCUCCACAGAGCCACGACCGCGUCUUCUCCAGACCGCCGUCCCCCACAAAACGUCGACCAGCCAGAGAAUGGACGGACAGGGCCAGCAAUCGCAGGACUACUCCUGGAUGUGCGUUGCAGUCGAGGAAAUCCUGCAAGCACUCCAAGGCGCCGGACCAAGCUCGCCGCGUCCCCACAACAGCUCCGUCGCCAACAACGCCGGUCUCUUCCCACGAGCCCCAACCGCCGACGUCACCAGCGCCAACGGGGAGGCGACGACCGCCGACAACCACGCCGAGCCCCAGCGACCCCCUACAGAGGAGAUGCCGCUUCUGCACCCUGCGUACCGGCCACAUCGGGCCGCUGGCGCCCCUCCGGAAGUUGCCCCGCUCGACGGCAAUGACGAGGAGGAGGUGCCACGAGACCACCGUUUUGGACCCCUGCGGGUCAACCUCACGCCGCCCCGGCCACGCGAUACCUCACCCGGAGAUCGGGCACCCUCCGCCGACGCCGAGGAGGCGUGGAACCAGGCCAUCGCCCUGUCCGACGAUUGGGUCGAUUUCGACGGCCUGGUGGAGGACACCCUUGGCGACCUUUUCAACAGCCCGCCGCACACGGAACCACCGGCAACAGGCGCGCUCGGGCCUCUGGGCGCAGUUUAUGACCUGGUCUCCGACGACGAGGGCCGCCCGCGUGCCGGGACAUACGGAGGAGGCGCCCCACACCGCCGCACCCGAGCGGACAACCGGGCCCCGCCGUACAUGGGCGAGGUGGAAGCCGCCCUGAUGGAGUGUUUCGGGGAAAUGCCCGGGGACGACUUCAACUGGGGAAGCGGCACCAACACGGCGUCCACCAUCUCGGCCGACGAGGACGAGGAGGGCCGCCCGUCAGACGCCUCGCGACCACCUUCCGCCGGGCCCGCCGAGGACGCCUCAUCGUCGACAGUCUCGGCCGACGAGGGCGAGGCCAGUCAGGACAGCGACUGGUCCUACGCCCCACGAUCGCCGCCCCCGCGAUGGACUCCACCCAGCACUACGCCGCUGCAAAGCUGGGCACCAGCCGCUCCAACGGUGGCCGCCAGUCACGAUCCGCGACCCCGCCUGCCCACCGGCGCGGAGCUGGCCGCAGAAGAGGCGCGCCGCAGGGCAGAAGACCUGAGUGAGGAGCUCGGCAACCCACCGGUUACCCAACCGCCGGCAAGUGGCCCACCACCCUCACCGACCCCACGCCGCAGAGCACGGCGCAGGAGCGCCCCAUGGGCAGACAGCCCAUCUAGCUCAUCUGACGAAUCAUCGUUGGACGCCGACGAGGGAGUUCCCCACCCGCCCCGUUGGGUGCCGGCACCAGUGGAAUGGACCACUCCAAACGGCACAUUACCGGCAGCUCUACUCCGCCGAAUCCACGGGCGCCUGGCGACACCGCGGAGACGAACCAUCCGGAUCCUGGAGGAGGAGGGGAACCAGCGCUUCAGGGUCCAGAUUAAUCGAAGCGGGAGGGUGAUCAUCACUCUUCACCCCUCCCGAAGAUAG